AUGAACCAGCUCUCCCAACUUUCAAACUUGUCACGCUACGCGGAUAACUUGUCCAUAGACCGUAUCAAGGCCGAGAUGCAAACCAUGCACAGCAAACUUGCGACUUUGCGCCCGGUACAAGAAUUUUUUAAUGUGAAAAAGGUGUCGAAGCCUCAGAAUUUCGGAGACCUACAGUCGCGUGUCUCAUACAACCUCAGGCACUUUUCUACAAACUACGCGCUAAUUGUAGGCUUGCUGAGCAUCUACACGCUGCUAACAAACCUCUUGUUACUGUUUGUGCUGGUGUUCGUCUUUUUCGGGCUUUACGGUAUUAACAAGCUGGAGGGCCAGGACUUGAUAACUCCGUUCGGUACUUUCAAAAGCUCUCAGCUCUACACGGGUCUCAUGUGUGUUGCUAUUCCUCUCGGGUUUUUUGCUUCGCCAUUUACCACAUUGAUGUGGCUUAUUGGAGCUUCUGCGGUGUCUGUCCUUGGCCACGCCUCAUUUGUGGAGAAACCUAUCGAAACGGUUUUCGAGGAAGAGACAGUUUAG